CACCGCGCACCGGCGAUGCCGCCGCCGCCGUAACGCGGCACUGGCCGUGAAGGGGGGGGGGGAGGAAGAAGGAAAACAGAAAAGGGGGUGUCCCGGGGCUAUGUCGGGGCGCGACAGCGUCCAGAUCCCCGACGACCGGGACUUCGGGGCGUUCCGGGCGGAGUGCGAGUCGGAGCGCGGCUGGAGCUUGACCUACAGCAAGGGGGGGGUCGCGGUCUGGGUGCAGCUGCUGGAGCCCGAGCGCUCCCUCCAUAAGAUCAAGUGCAGGAUGGAGUGCAAGGACGUGCCGGCCGCCACGCUGUACGACGUGCUGCACGACAUCGAGUACCGCAAGAAAUGGGACAGCAACGUCAUCGAGACCUUCGACAUCGGGAGGCUCACAGUCAACUCCGACGUGGGCUACUACGCCUGGAGGUGUCCCAAGCCCCUGAAGAACCGGGACGUCAUCACGCUGCGCUCCUGGCUGCCCAUGGGCACCGACUACAUCAUCAUGAAUUAUUCUGUCAAGCACCCGAAGUACCCCCCCCGUAAGGACAUGGUGCGCGCGGUCUCCAUCCAGACGGGUUAUCUGAUUGAGGGCACAGGCGCCAACAGCUGCACCAUCACCUACCUGGCACAGGUGGACCCCAAAGGCUCCCUCCCCAAGUGGGUGGUGAACAAAUCCUCGCAGUUCCUGGCCCCUAAGGCCAUGAAGAAGAUGUACAAAGCGUGUCUGAAGUACCCGGAGUGGAAGGCGAAGCACGAGCCGCAGUUCAAGCCGUGGCUGUACCCCGAGCAGAGCCGGCUGCCGCCGCUGCCGCUGGCCGAGCUGUCCCUGCAGCACGCCGACUCCCUGGAGAACAUCGACGAGAGCGCCCUGGCCGAGGGCAAGGACGAGCGCGGCGACGCCAGCGACGAGGACAGCGUUAAUUAGCCCCCCCGGGUGCCCCGCCGCGGGGUCGGGUUGGUCUGGUGUCCCCCACAUCAGUGCGGGUUGGGGACAUGAGUCCCUGUGUCCCCAUGUCCGUGCAGGUUGGGGAUGUGAUCCCUGUAUCACCACAUCACUUUGUGUCUCUUGUACCCACAGUUUUGGGUUGGGGGAUCCCCCCGCUGCUGUCACCUUGUUUGGGGACAAGCAUUAAGUAAAGGCCCCCCCAGGAUGUUUUUUUCCCUGUGUCCCCCCCAUCCAUGCAGGUUGGGGACACGAGUCUCUGUAUCCCCUUAUCAAUGCAGGUUGGGGACACGAGUCCCUGUAUCCCCUUAUCAAUGCAGGUUGGGGACACGAGUCCCUGUAUCCCCUUAUCAAUGCAGGUUGGGGACAUGAGUCCCACAUCACAUUGUGUCUCUUGCACCAACACUUUGGGGUUGGGGAACCCCCCACACUGCUCUCACACUGCUUGGGGACCCCCCCAUGCUGCUGUCACCUUGUUUGGGGACAAGUAAUGACCCCCCCAGGAUGGUUUUUUCCCUGUGUCCCCCCCAUCCAUGCAGUUUGGGGACACGAGUCCCUGUAUCCCCCUAUCAAUGCAGGUUGGGGACAUGAGUCCCACAUCACUUUGUGUCUCUUGCACCGAUGCUUUUGGGUUGGGGGACCCCCCCAUGCUGCUGUCACCAUUUGGGGACAAGCAUUAAUUGAUCCCCAUGAUGAGCCCCCAGGGGUUGGUUUGGCCCAGUGUCCCCCCAUCAAUGCAGGUUGGGGACAUGAGUCCCUGUGUCCCCCUAUCAAUGCAGGUUGGGGACAUGAGUCCCUGUGUCCCCAUGUCCAUGCAGGUUGGGGAUGUGAUCCCUGUAUCACCACAUCACUUUGUGUCUCUUGUACCCACAGUUUUGGGUUGGGGGAUCCCCCCACAAUACUGUCACCUUGUUUGGGGACAAGCAUUAAGUAAAGGCCCCCCCGGGAUGUUUUUUUCCCUGUGUCCCCCCCAUCCAUGCAGUUUGGGGACAUGAGUCCCUGUAUCCCCCUAUCAAUGCAGGUUGGGGACAUGAGUCCCACAUCACUUUGUGUCUCUUGCACCGAUGCUUUUGGUUUGGGGGACCCCCCCAUGCUGCUGUCACCAUUUGGGGACAAGCAUUAAUUGACCCCCCCGAUGAGCCCCCAGGGGUUGUUUGGCCCACCGUCCCCCCAUCAAUGCAGGUUGAGGACAUGAGUCCCUGUGUCACCACUUGUCACCACAUGACUUUGUGUCUCUUGCACCCACACUUUUGGCUUGGGGGUCACCCCAUCUGCUGUCACCUUGUUUGGGGACAAGCAUUAAUUGACCCCCCCAUGGUUCCCCACCCUGGGGUUCUUUUGUCCCUGUGUCCCCCCAUCCAUGCAGUUUGGGGACACAACUCCCUGUGUCCCCACAUCCCUGUGUCCACAUGCACCCACACUUUGCUUGGGGGGACCCCCCCACUGCUGUCACCCUGUUUAGGGACAAGUGUUAAUUAACCCCCUUGGGCCCCCCUCGGGCAUUGGUUUGGCCCAGUGUCCCCCCAUCCAUGCAGUUUGGGGACAUGAGUCCCUGUGUCCCCCCAUCAAUGAAGGUUGUGUCACUUGAACCCACACUUUUCAUUUAGGGGGGACCCCCCCACUGCUGUCACCCUGUUUGGGGACAAGCGUUAAUUAAUGCCCCCCCCAGGAUGUUUUGUCCCCGUGUCCCCCCCCAUCCAUGCAGGUUGGGGACGCAACUCCCCAUGUCCCCACAUCACUCUGUGUCCCCAUGCACCCACACUUCUCAUUUUGGGGGCACCCCCACUUGUGUCACCCUAUUUGGGGACAGUGGGGUCAUGCUGCCCCCCCUCAAACCAGUGGCUGCCCCCAGGUCCCCCCCACCAGGGGGUGUCUGGUCCCUUCACAGCCACCGGGGGACACCCACAUUGUCCCCAAACCCAAAGUGUCCUUCAGUUGUCACCCCGGGGGGGUCACAAAGGAAAGGGGGUGCUCCCAGCACCCCCAAAAUCCUGGGGGUGUCUUGGGGGCUCCUGGCACCCCCAAAUAUGCUGGGGGAGGGUGUUGUGUGGGCUCCUGGCACCCCCAUGCAUAUUGGUGGGCUCCUGGCACCCCCAGAUGUGUUGGGGGUCCUGGUGGGGCUCCUGGCACCCCCAAAUAUUCUGGGGGGGUCUUGGGGGCUCCUGGCACCCCCAGAUGUGUUGAGAGGACCUGAGGGGGCUCCUGGCACCCCCAAAUAUUCUGGGGGGGGGUCUUGAGGGUCUCCCAGCACUCCCAUGCAUGUUGGGGGGCUCCUGGCACCCCCAGAUGUGCUGGGGGGGGGUGUCGUGGGGGCUCCUGGCACCCCCAUGAAUAUUAGGGGGCUCCUGGCACCCCCAAAUGUCUUGGGGGGACCUGAGGGGGCUUCUGGCACCCCCAAAUAUUCUUGGGGGGGUCUUGGGGGGCUCCCAGCACCCCCAUGCAUGUUGGGGGGCUCCUGGCACCCCCAGAUGUGCUGGGGGGGGGUCUCGGGGGUUCCCAGUAUCUCCAGGCAUGUUUGGGGGUCUCCCAGCACCUCCAGAUGUUUUUGGGGGGAGGCGGUGGGUCCUGGCACCUCCAUGCAUUUUGGGGGGGCUCCCAGCUCUUUCAGACACUCUGGGGGCUCCCAGCGUUUUCAGGCAGGUUUGGGGGGGUUCCCUGCCCCUCCGGCUGUUUUUUGGGGGGUGUUGGGGUGUCCCACCCCCCGUUUCCCGGCGGGGGGGCCCCGCUGUGCGAGCACUUUCCGCGCUGGAAUUCGAGGCCUUUGAAUCGGGAUUUCUGUGGUUUGUUCCUUGGCCGCGCUCCCGUGUCCCCCCCCCCGGGUUCACUUUGCAUUGGGGGGGGGGGGAGGAAGAUUUUGUACCUUGUACCGGAGCUGAUUAUUUCAGAAUAAAACCAAAUAAACCUAA